GAGAGAUGGGGAGCGGGGAGCCUAAUCCUGCUGGCAAGAAAAAGAAGUACCUCAAGGCCGCCCUGUACGUGGGUGAUUUGGACCCUGAUGUCACUGAGGACAUGCUCUAUAAGAAGUUCAGGCCCGCUGGCCCUCUGCGUUUCACCCGAAUCUGCCGUGACCCAGUGACCCGCAGCCCCCUGGGCUAUGGCUAUGUUAACUUCCGCUUUCCUGCGGAUGCUGAAUGGGCCCUGAACACCAUGAAUUUUGAUUUGAUUAAUGGCAAACCAUUCCGCCUCAUGUGGUCACAGCCAGAUGACCGCUUAAGAAAGUCUGGUGUUGGAAAUAUAUUCAUCAAAAACCUGGAUAAAUCAAUUGACAAUAGGGCCCUGUUCUAUUUGUUUUCGGCUUUUGGGAACAUUCUCUCCUGCAAAGUUGUAUGUGAUGACAAUGGCUCUAAGGGUUAUGCCUAUGUGCAUUUUGACAGCCUGGCCGCUGCCAAUAGGGCCAUCUGGCACAUGAAUGGAGUUCGGCUGAACAAUCGCCAGGUAUAUGUUGGUAGAUUCAAAUUCCCAGAAGAGCGUGCAGCUGAAGUCAGAACCAGGGAUAGAGCAACAUUCACUAACGUUUUUGUUAAAAACUUUGGAGAUGACAUGGAUGACGAAAAACUGAAGGAACUUUUCAGUGAAUAUGGGCCAACUGAGAGUGUAAAGGUAAUAAGAGAUGCCAGUGGGAAAUCUAAAGGCUUUGGGUUUGUAAGGUAUGAGACACACGAGGCUGCCCAAAAGGCUGUGCUAGACCUGCAUGGAAAGUCAGUUGAUGGGAAAGUCCUGUAUGUAGGGCGAGCACAGAAGAAAAUUGAACGCCUAGCUGAGUUAAGGCGGAGAUUUGAACGGCUGAGAUUAAAAGAAAAAAGUCGACCUCCGGGGGUGCCUAUCUAUAUUAAAAACCUGGAUGAGACCAUCGAUGAUGAAAAACUGAAGGAGGAAUUUUCUUCAUUUGGAUCAAUUAGCAGAGCCAAAGUGAUGAUGGAAGUAGGGCAAGGCAAAGGUUUUGGUGUUGUCUGCUUUUCUUCUUUUGAAGAGGCUACCAAAGCAGUGGAUGAGAUGAAUGGUCGAGUAGUGGGCUCCAAGCCCCUGCAUGUCACCCUGGGCCAGGCCAGGCGCAGGUGGUGAGAAUCAGAAUUUCAAUUUGUUUCAGCCUUAGCUGGUGCCUAGUUCAGGCUCCUUUGUGAUAAGGGGUUAUUUUAAGCCAAUUCACAGUUGUUGUUGUUUUUUAAGUGAAUACUUUCUUUUGAAAACAAAGUGAAACUAGAAAGCCUUGUUCAUUUUAGUGAACAUAAUUUCUAAUUGUAAAAUUGUCCUUUUAUACAAUUUUUGAUAUAAUAUCCUUAGUGAUGUGUAGAAUAAAAUUUAUUCCACAUUUUUCCUGAACAGCCAAGG